AUUGAUAACUUUUUAUCUAAAUUGUGAAACGAUCUGAAAUUUAGCCCCGAACUUGGAAACAGAAUACAUGAAUAUAUGAUAUUUCAUCAACUUCGUAGCAUUUUAACAAACUCGAUCCAGAACAUUCUUAAUGACAAGAUAAGACAAGAUAAAAGAUAAGUUUAAGAUUUUGUGAGUUUCCUUUAUUAUGAAUACACAAUUGAUUAUGAUGGAUUUUCAAUCAUUCUUCUAGAUAAAUUCCAAUAAAACGAUAGAAAACAAUAAAAUACUGUAAAGCCAAAUCUACAAUAUGUUCUUUGCUUCCUGUUUUAUGCUCUUAACCUCUUUGCGACUAGGUAUUUUUUUCGUAUUUCGCAAUUCCAUCGCGACUCGCGUAAACGUGAUGUUUCUUGUCUUUUCUGAAGUUCGUCAAUUUUUAUCUUGGACGACACAGAACAAAAAACAUCGCGUUACGCGACAGAAUUGCGAAAUUAAUACAUUUUUUUUUUGUGGUUGUUAACCCCGGUUGGGGUUAUUAACGCCUUCAGCCCCGCCUUUGGGCUAUAUAGCGUAGUUUGGUUUGAAUCCGUGAUUCUCUUCAAUCUUGUGUAUUCCCUUUUUUUUCCUCGAACAGUCCUUUUUCUUUGAUCUGCGAUGAUUCCCUAUGUUUUCUUCCACUUUAUAUAUUCCCUUUUUAACUCGUACUUUUAAUAUUCCUCUCUUUUUCUUUCUUCCUCGUACAAUUCCUUCUCUUUGAACUUUGAUUCCUUAUGCAGAAUCCCUCUUCAUCUCGCCCGUAGAUCAACACAUAAAUACGCUUGUGUUAAUCAGGAGAGGGGAAGGUGGGGCGAAAAACCCUCUCCCGAUUAUGUAUAUGACUGCAUAUGUGUAGUUGUGUGUGUAUGUCCGCGGUGUACUGAACUCGGUAUGCCGUGGGUGCGUUGUGCCCAAGAAAUUGCGCGGAUCAAUUCCCCCUGCGGCCAAAAUUAAUACGAUAUAGUCGCAAAGAGGUUAAGAGUAGAAAACAGGAAGCAAAGAACACUGUAGAUUUGGCUUAAGAAUUCUAUCGUAUGCCAACGAUUGAAUCCGCUUUCAACAGAGAAUGAAAAAAAAAAUGAUAGGAAACGAUAAGAUUUUUUUCCAAAUUGUAUCGGUUCCUAUCGUUUUCUAUUAGGAUUUUUCUUAUCGGGGUAUACUUCGGCAGGAGCCAAAAAACAGAAGAAAAGAAGCACACCUUGUUUUUUCUUCAACAUGGUUUACACUUGUAAUAACUGUAAAAGUCACGUGGAGACCAGAUACCAUUGUACACUUUGUGACAAUUUUGAUUUAUGUGUAAAUUGUAAAGAAAAGGACGGUCAUCCACAUCCGAUGGAAAAACUUGGCUUUGCUUUGAAUAAUGACCCUUCACCUGCGGAUAAGAAACAAACAAAUCCACAGGAGAAUUACGAACGCAGGAAAUUAUCGAUACAGAGAUCCAUUCAAUCAUUGACGCAUGCCUGCCAGUGCAGAGAUGCUAAGUGUCAUCUACCAACAUUGAAUUGCCAGAAGAUGAAGCGACUGAUGAUACAUGUAAAGUAUUGCAAGGAGAGAAAGACCAAUGGCAACUGUCCUAUAUGUAAAGAGCUGAUAACGGUGUGUUGUUACCAUGCGAAAGGCUGCCAAGAGACCAAGUGUCUCGUUCCAUUCUGCUCCAACAUCAAGCACAAGAUAAAGCAUCAGCAACGAAUACAACAGUUGCAGCAACAGCCUGUAGGGGUCGAACGACUGCCAUGAAUACGAGGCUCAACGGCACACCGCAACAGCUGAUGCAGCAACAGCAACAGCAUUCUUUUUCUUUUUUGUUUAAUGGAACCUACCUUUUGUCAGUGGACGAUACGGGCUUAAAGGUACCUUUUCACGUUGACGCUCGACUGACUUGAAGAUAUUAGUUGAAAAUAAUUAAUAUUUUACGUAUUUCGAAGUCCAUUUUUGAUUGUAUUGCGACGAUCAACGAUGAUUCAGCGUCAACGCUGGAUGUUGAAUAAAUACAACUUUAUUUUUCCUGAAGAUUUUUGCUCGCUGAAAAUGAGCGUCGAGCGUCAACGUAAAAAAUGACACCUUACGACCAUCUAAAGUCGUUAUUUUAAAAAUGUCUUUAAAGUCGUCCAAAUAAAGUUUUUUUGUAACUAUUUUUA